CGCCUGUGAGGAAGAGGACGUACUCUCCCCGCCCACGUCUUGCUUUUUCCAGAGCCGCCGAGUCGAGCGGAUGCACACAGAAGUAACAUCUUCUGUCAGCCUGAACAGGGACCUGACUUCUAAAACCUGAAGCACAGGACAAACCUCAUGGACUGCUUUUAGUGCUUUACCAAUUUUCGCUUCUUGGAGGAUUUGUGGUGGAAAAAAAAAAAAAAAAACAACGAAACGCAUGCUGCGCCAGGAUGCAGCGGCACAGUCAGAUUUUCACUUUGACAGCAGCGGCAGUUGCUGUGCUGCUGACUUGUGUGUUGUCCUUCAACGUGGACCAGAAGAAUAGCUUGUCCUUUAGCGGCCCGUUGGAUGACAUGUUUGGCUACACUGUCCAGCAGUUUGAGAACAGCGAAGGGAAAUGGGUUCUAAUUGGAUCGCCGCAUUCGGGCCAGCCAGCUAAAAGGACGGGAGACGUUUACAAAUGUCCUGUUGGAACGGGGGACAACAAAUGCGUCAAGCUGGAGCUGCCAAAAAACACAACUGUUCCCAACGUGCAUGAAGUGAAGGAAAACAUGACCAUGGGAACCACUCUGGUGACCAAUCCCACUGGGGGGUUUCUGGCGUGUGGGCCUCAGUAUGGCUACAUGUGUGGCCAGCAGCAGUACAUCUCAGGAGUUUGUGCGAACGUCAGCUCAUCAUUCCAGAUCUUAAGCUCCAUAGCUCCUGGAGUGCAAAAUUGUUCGAGCAAUCUGGACAUUGUCUUUGUGCUAGAUGGAUCAAACAGUAUCUACCCAUGGUCUAGUAUUGUUAAUUUUCUUGUCCGCUUCCUGGAUAGAGUCAAGAUCGGGCCUACCCUCUCACAGGUGGGCAUAGUAUCCUAUGGUGAGGAUGUGGCUCACCAUGUCAACCUCAGCCAGUUCAACAACAACAGCAAGCUGCUUAAUUUUGUCAAAGGCCUUCCUCAGCACACCGGGACAAAGACUCAUACUUUCUUGGCCAUUGAUACUGCCAGGAGGGAGGCCUUCAUGCCAGAGAGAGGUGCACGACCUGAUGCAAAGAAAGUCAUGGUGAUUUUGACUGAUGGAGAGUCACAUGACUACUACAAACAAAAGAGUGUCAUUGAAGAGUGUGAAAAUGAUGACAUCGAGAGGUUUGGCAUUGCUGUUUUGGGCUACUACAACCGUGAAAACAAAAGUGAAGGAGAAGUGCAGAAGUUUAUUGAUGAGAUUAAGUUAAUAUCCAGUGAACCAACACAAGAUCACUUCUUCAAUGUGUCUGACGAGCUGGUUUUGGUGAAUUUAGCAGAUACUCUGGGAAAAAAGAUUUUUGCACUGGAAGCUACAUCUGGAAAUUUUACCUCCUCCUUUGAGAUGGAGAUGUCCCAAGCUGGCUUCAGUGCCCAUGCUUCUAAAGAAGCUUUGUUACUGGGAGCAGUUGGAGCGUAUGACUGGAAUGGGACAGUGGUCAUGCAAACUGCCAGAUCUACAAUUACUCCAGAAAGAGAUGAAUUUUAUGAUCCAAAGGACAGGUACGGAGGACUGGCAGGGUACUUUGGGUAUGACGUUCAGUCUGCAUUCACGCCUCAGGGAGUGCUAUACAUCACUGGGGCACCACGAUACAACCACACAGGCCGUGUAGUUAUUUACCGCCUGAAUGAGGACAACAAGGUUGACAUUGUGCAGACACUAAAUGGAGAGCAGAUUGGCUCCUACUUCGGCAGCGUCUUGCAGAGUGUUGAUAUCAAUAGGGAUUCCUUCACAGACCUCCUUUUAGUUGGAGCUCCAAUGUACAUGGGUCCAGAAAGAAGUGAGCAGGGUAAAGUCUACGUCUACAAAUUCAAUGAGAGGGGCUCAAAGUUUGUGCACAAGUUUAACUUAAAGCCUGUCAACCAGUCCUGUUGUAUGGCCCACUCAGACGGCUGCAUCAUGAAAAACGAGCCAUGUGGGGCUCGGUUUGGUACAGCCAUAGCUGCAGUGUCCGAUCUUAACCUUGAUGGGUUCAACGACGUGGUGAUCGGUGCACCUUUUGAGAACGACCACAGAGGAGCCGUCUACAUCUAUCAUGGGAGCAAGGAUAGGUCGCUGAAAAAGGACUUUGUACAGCACAUCCCUGCAGGUGGUGAUGGAGACAAGGUGAAGUUCUUUGGUCAGUCCAUACAUGGAAUCAUGGAUCUGAAUGGAGAUGGGAUCACAGAUGUUACCAUAGGAGGCCUGGGAGGGGCUUCCCUAUUCUGGUCGAGAGAUGUUGCAGAGCUGCAUACCAACAUGACCUUCAAUCCUGUUAAAAUCAACCUGCAGCAGGCUCAGUACCAGUGUGAACACAGGGGACGCAAAUCUGUUUGUGUGACAACCACGGUGUGUUUUCACUAUCUUGUUAAGUCUGACAAGAAAGACGUAGACUCAUAUGCAGAAAUUCGCUAUAACAUAACUCUGGAUGCUCUGCGUGCCAAAGCCAGAGCUUCAUUCGCUGACACGGACUCAGAUAAGAGUGAUCGUAGGAUGACAAAGACAUUCAACAUCAAAGACCAAGAAAAAAAAUGCAUGACGGAAACAUUCAUCAUGUCGGCCCAGCUGGACUUCAGAGACCCUCUCUCGGUUACUUUGGACUUUGGACUUGUUCAUGAGGACCAAGGCCCUAUCCUGGAUGAAAACCUACCCAAAUCUAUCACUAAGAAGAUUCCUUUGGUCGACUGUGGAGACCAUGAAAGGUGCAUCACUGACCUCUCCCUCAAGGCAGAACCAAGUGAGAAAAGCAUGCUGAUCCCACUCAACUCAAAGGAUAAGAUCGACGUGAACAUUGACAUUAGUAACAAAAAAGACAGUGCCUACAACACCAAGGUCAUUCUCAACUUCACACCAAACAUCAACUAUGUUAAAGUCGAGCCAGAGAAACAAUGCACUCCAAAUCACACAAGAGUUGAGUGCGAAGUUGGAUAUCCCUUCCUUGGAAGUAAUGAUGAGGAUCAUUUUAAAGUGAAAUUUGAGACAGACUCAUCUCACAUACAGGAGAAAAUCCACAUAAAUGUGACAGCAGUAAGUGACAGUGAAGAACAUCAUUCUACCCUGUAUGACAACAAUGUUCAAAUCUCCAUCCCCGUGAAAUAUGAAGCUGGAGUCAUUUUCACUGUGGAUUAUACGGAUGAACACAUAAUAGUUAAGGAUGGUGAACAGUACUCCUUGAAAGACACUGACACUGGGAUGACGUUUGAGGAGGUCAACAUCACCUACACGCUGGAGAAGGUAGGUAAUACCUUCAUGCCGCCUCUUCAGCUCACAGUGACGUACCCACAUCUGUCUCCUCUGACCAAUCUCUUGCUGUUCCCUACACACAUCGUUUCCAGCGCUGGGGUGAUAUGUAACCAGCCUGAUAAAGUCUACCAGACCGCUAAACAACACAAACCAAAGAAAGAAACUCUUAGUGUCUUCCUGCUGCAAUGUGGACAAACAGGAUGUGAAUCAUUCAGCUGCUCCAUCCCUAAAACCAAUAAGAGUCAGGUCCACGUUACUUUCAAAGUGUGGAAACCUACUUUCAUUGAGGGUGAGUUUUCUAGUUUACACAUGGUGGUGAAUGCCUCGUUGACAUUCAAACAGACUCAUCUGUUUGAACUGGUCAGCAAUGCAAAGAGCAGAAGUGUGAAGAUCCAAGUUUCAAAGGAAACAGUCGGUGGAAUCCCUAUUUGGAUCAUCAUCAUCAGCAUCUUGAUAGGAUUGUUGAUCUUAGCGCUUGUCAUCUUCAUUCUCUGGAAGCUUGGCUUCUUUAAGAGAAAAUCCCGGGACUUUUCAAAGGAAGAGAUGUCGGAAUGAGGCAUUCAGAUUGGCUCUGUGAAGCUACAUUCAGUGACAAACAGCCAAAAAGAUGGAAGAGAUGCCAUAAAACCCACAGACACCUCAGAGCUGUCACAUGCGGACUAACAGGAAAAAAAGAGUUAUCCUCACUAUUUCCUAUAUUGUCAUGUGUCACAUAGUGAUGGAAAAUACUCUCAAGCUCCUUUUCAUUGAUGCUUGAAGCAGCGGGUUGUAAUAUUUGGGCUCCUCUGAUGGGAUCCACAUAAGAGCCAAAGACACUCACUCUAAAUCACUGUAAAUGUGAUAUAUUUAAUUUCUGUUUUCACUUAUAUUAUCUUUUUACCAGCCUAUUGAAAAAGUAGCAUUUUUUACAAUAAAUAUAUACUAAUCUGGGAUGGGUUCACUUAAGCUUUAUUCAAAAAAAGCACUCAGGUUUUUUACCAUAAGGAUCCAAAUUGGCCUCUGUCACCAAAACUACUUAACAUUAGAGUGAUAACACCAAAAGAUGGAGAAGAAGAAAGGAGUCUACAUCAAUUUUGCUUUUACAGGAGCUUUAAAUCCUGUGUUCAAACAUGUUUGCUUGAUGACUUUUAUGAAACACUGUACUUUGAAGCAUUUCUAUAGCGUUUUAUGGUUGUUGCUUAAUUUUAACCAAACAACACGGCACAUCUUUCAUGUUCAGUCAGCUCCAGUAAUAAAUGAGUAUAAUGUGUGCCAGCAGAGCCUUCUCUAAUUCAACUCUCUGAGUGUACUGUAAAUAGAAGAGCUAAUGGAUGUAAAGCUGUAAAAUGUACAGAGUUGUUGGAUUUAAUUUAAUGUUUCUGUGACAAGUGAUUUUGCUCAGGUGCUAAAAUAAUCGUAAAAGAUUACCUUUGCUUUUGACACAUAUACAAAAACUACCUGGCUUCAGAAUUUAGAGCUUAUGCAUACAUGUAAAUAAGGUUAUAUUUUGAAAAAUGAAUUUGAUAGUAUCAUCUGCUUAAACAUAGACAAAGAUGAACGUUCUUUUAUUCAAGAGGUUUGGUUUACUUGAUAAAAAAUGUUUGGUUUGAAUGAUGAUGUUUAAAAUUUUAUUCCAUUUUCUUUGUUUUUAUUGCAGAAUAAAUUAUAUUUUCGAAAUUUGAAAUAAAUGUUUGCCUAUUUACCUAUUUUUUUUCUAACCUUUAAAGAGACUCCCUGUUACCUGCAUGUAUUGGCGCACUAUAGGUUUAUGGUCAUUCCAUUAUUGGGGUACAUAGUACAUUGUUCAUUUAGGGUGUUCAAAUGUGUUUGUACUCAGCAAACAGCUAAACGGUGUGGGAGGCAAGAAAUUAUUUUCCCCAUAGUGGUAAAGAUUAAAGUUAAGGGAAAGAAAAGACAGCUUUUGAAUAUUUUUAUACUCUGCAGGUCUCACCCUCCACAGUAGACACAUGAAGCACAGGUAUUUAAUUGUAUAUACAGAAUGUAUUGCCACAUUAGGUUUAUGCAAGAGGGUGGAGCAAAAAGCCCAAAGCGAAAGUUGUGAACUCACGGCCAGCUUUCUACACUGCUGUGAAGUCUUUAUUGUAAUGCACUGGUUUGUCAGAGUGUGUGUAUGUCGCCAUGUGUACAAAAAUGAUCUGAACAAUAUCUGCUAAAUAAAGUUUUUAUGCAACAAA